CAGUUUCUCGAGUUAAUAAUAAGCUCGAAGAAUCGUUUCAAUGGAGUCAUCAAACUGAGAUCAGUGAAAGAAAUAAGCAUUUCCCCCACUCUGUUGCUCUCAUUAUUUUCAGAUUUGGCAAAGCUUCUCGUACACUAUCACCGUAUCAGCUGAAAUCCGAUUAAUACUCACAGAAUCAUGAGCAAUAAUGCUGCUGGCGGAGAUGCUAGGGCUCCAAUGAACGAACAAGCUGUAGCCAACAUAUAUGGGAACAUGAGGUCUGAUGUGAACCAACUUUAUUCCAAAAUUACAGAACUGGAGAUGGAGGUGAGUGAGCAUUCAUUGGUGAUUGGAGCCAUAUCUCCACUUGACCAAUCUCGGAAAUGCUACAGAAUGAUUGGAGGUGUGUUAGUUGAGAGAACCAUCAAGGAAGUUCUGCCUGCUGUACAGCGUAACAAAGAAGGUCUCCAGGAGGUAAUCACUCGGAUGAAUGAGGCCUUGGAAAGGAAGAAAAAAGAGAUGGCGGAGUUUGAAGCAAAAUACAAAAUUAGAUUCAGAAAGUCUGAUGAUGAGGUGAAGGAUGACAGUAGCCGGAAAGAGGCCUCAGCUCAAGGAGUGCUUGUUGGUCCAGCUAACGAAUGAUUGGGCAGUUUUCUGUGAGUUCUCUCUGAUGUCUUUUUUUUUGGUUGUUGGGGAAUGUUUACAUACAAUCUUGUUUUGAUCUCCCUUUUUUAGUGAUAUGAUAGUUAGGCUUUUGAGAUUUUCAUAUGACGAUCAUGGUUGGUCAAAAUUAGAAGUUUUACCUGGUAAUGAUUAACAGUAUGGGGGUUUAUGAAUAUUAUGGGUACGUGUUUCAAUCCA